AUGGAAGACGUCACACGUUCCUACAAGAACCUCGCAACCCAUCAAAAAUGGUUUAAUGAAGAUGGGACAGUAUUUCCAGUUUCUGCUAGAAAUCUAGUAAAGUAUAUCGAAUAUAAGGGUAGAACCAAUACCGCGAGAAGUGUAAGGUGGUGGAUAUACUUUCUCGAAAAAUAUCAUCAAAACAAUGAGAUUGUCGAAUACCGAAAAAAUUGGAAUAUGGCGAAGCAUGAUCCUAGAAUUGAACAAGCGUUGAAAAUGCUCGAGAAUAAACAUCAGAUCGAGAGAAUCAAAGCACCAUUACGCGAUAAGCCUUUAAGUAAUUGCGCGAGCAGCACCAAAGAUCUGACGAAUAGCUCAAAUAUUGAAAAUAAUAUGCAAGAGCAACAACCACGAAUUGAAGAUUUUCAAUCGCACUACCAAAGGAUGCACUCGUUGCUCCUGAAAAAGUAUGUCGGAACUUGUACUAUUCAUCGCAAAGGGUGCUUUCAAAUCGACGAAAAUCAUCAUCUAAGGUUAAAUGAAGUAAUGCUUCGUAGAUGGGCUUUCUGCCUAGCUUGUGGCGAUGAAGGAAUUACACAAGAUUCGUUGCCGAAUACAUCUCUCAUGCCAGAAUUCUGGCCGUGUUGCGCGAUAGAGAUUUAA